AUGACUGGAAGAGAUUACGAUCGCAUGAAAAUGAAGAAAAAAUGGGACCAGUUAAAGAAGGAUUGGAAACUAUGGAAAGAACUAAAACAGGGAUCAACAGGAAUGGGUUGGGAUCCAGUUAAGCGGACAAUAGAUGCACCAAAAGAAUGGUGGGCUAAAAAACUCCAGGCAGUGCCGUCAGCAAAAAAAUUUAAAUUCGUUGGAAUUGAUCCAGUAAUGGAGGAAAAACUAGAUGGAAUGUUCACUGGGGUUCUCGCUACAGAAACUCAUGCGUUUACCCCAAAUGAUAUAGGGUUGAACAGCUCAGCCCAAGAGAUGGAUACCGUGCAGAUAGGUGAUUCUGGAGACAGCCCUAGACAUGUUCACACAAAUGUUCAAUCCACAAGUGUGCCCAAGCAUCCCAGGGUAGAAAAGAAGAACAAAGAAGAACCCAGGGUAGAAAAGAAGAACAAAGGGGUUGCUUUCAUUAAAGGCACUAUUGAUGCACUUGUUGAAACAUGUAAAGCUCGGUCUUCUUCUUCGCACGAUAGCUCAAUUAAUGAGUGUUAUUGA